GCUUGGGUGUACGGAGCCAGCGACAGACUGCGAACUGCGUAGUCGCGCUCGGCUGACUCCUCCAGAGCGCGGAAAUGGAACACCCCGCUGGGAAAAUUGUUGCUGCCAUUGUACUCCUCUCGGCUCUCGUGUUUCAGCGAGGUGCCUGCGAAGGUGAAAGAUGUGACUCUGGCAAAGUGUAUAAUUGCUAUAAGGAUGCGAUGUACAAGAUACAUCUGUGGAGCGAUCGUUUCUCAGCUGGAUCUGUCGCUCAAAACUGCGGGUGGGCAAAGAAUGUGUCGGCCUGCACAGAAGGCCUGGUAACUAUCGGGUGCACGGAUGAAGUGAAAGGUCGCAUUCGCAUCCUCGAGGAAGGCUUCGACAAGACACGUACUUCGCUCUGCGACCCAAAUCUGUUCAAGAGCUUACUUGAAUGGAGCGAAUGUCUCAAUGAGGAGGCUUUUGAGCUGUGCCUGGACGCCUCGGAUCACCGAAUCAAGGAGCUCGAAGGCAGCGGAAAAUUGUCCAGAAAGGACGCCGAAUGCCGGAUGUUAUGGAACGAGAUGGACUGCGUGCUGUCGGCGGCAACAGGCUGCCCCCCGUCAACCAGUCUAGCCAUUGAGGCAAUGCGAAACUACGGCUCUACCCGGCUGUACAUCGAAGACUGUCCGAGACCUGGCGGCGGCAACUUGGGACUCGCCUCAAGACCGGAGAUGUUCGUCGUCUUGGGAACCCUGCUUGCGUCAUUGGCUGGCUCUUUAUAAGAAAUAAACAUUUCCAGGAUACCUAA